CGACACUACGGUUAAUUGUAUGCGCGUCAAUUGUAAGCUAAUCCUGCUUUUUGUCAAUCAACUUCACAGGCUCCACGUCACUCUCCAUCUACUCCCGUGCGCCCUCAACUGACAGACUUCGCACAAAUUAAGACGACAACAUUCGACGUGUUUACGGUUGCAGGCGCGCUGAAGGACUGUUUGGAACCCACCAGCGGUUAACCGUCGCCACAGAUAGAGACAGCGGGCCCGGCCUCUUCCUGUUUGCGCCCGCCUGGUCAUAAUGUCCAGCGCUGGAGCAGCCUAUGGCAUCACAACACCAGCCGACGAAGGACGCGAGGCCAACUCCAGCGAUGUCAGCCUAUACGAGAUAGCACGGCGGUUUGUUGAAUCGCUAGUUCAGGGCAAGGCCGUGCCAGACCGAGCCACCUUCGAUCACACAGCCUUGCAAGGCCUGACUGUAACUGACGUUUCAGACGGCCGCAUCGUCUGCGAGCUGCCGGUUACGGAACGUGUGCAGAACAGAUACGGGACCCUACACGGCGGCGCAGCAGCCACCAUCGUAGACACCGUCUCCACCGCCGCCCUCCUCACUGCCAGCCCCCACACCGGCGUCAGUGUCAACCUGGCCGUCACCUACCUCGCACCCAUGCCGGGCGGGCCGGGAGAGGUGGUGAUAGUGGACGCGCGGGUGGCUCGCGUGGGACGGCAGCUCGCCACUCUUACAGCGGAGCUCAAACGCAAGGCGACGGGGCAAGUGGUAGCCACGGGCACGCAUACCAAGUUCCUGCAGGUGCCGGAUCCGGCCGCGGCUAGGAUGAAGUGGGCAAGGAGGCAGCAGGAGGGGAAGGAGAAGGAGGAGGAGUGGAGGGAAGUCCGGCGGGACGAAAACGCAGUGGUUGUUGCACCAAGCAAGCUGUGAGCUGCUGAAAGAGGAGAAGAAGGGGCUGUGUUAGCUGGGGUUGAAUGACAGCGGUAGUAGCGUGGGAGUGGGCAGGGGUGUCAAUGUGUGUAACUCUUUUAUCACAGGCACUCCUUGCUGGCAGCGGGCUUGUAAAGGGGUCUUCUCCUGCAGGGUAUGCUGUGGAGUGACCCAUGGGUCAUUCCCCCUCCUCAACGCUGUGGUACCGUAUGUCUAGUACAACGCUGUGGAGUGGCCCAUUGGUCAAUCCUCAUGGGCUGCUAGUAUGUCUAGUAAGCGUAGUGUCGGCAUUGUCAUGUACGAUUUAAGUUCAGUAAUGCGUCAUUUCUCGUGCCAAUGGUUCCCAUUGACCUGGAUCACUUGGCGAGUCCUGUAAGGUGCGCUGUUGGUUGCAAUCAAGAAGAUUGUUAGGCGGGAUUGCUAGCGAGUCCUAAGUAAAAGUAAGUGAGCCAAAACGUCAAGCAAACGUAUGGGCUCCGUGCGCUACCGCGUGAACGGCUUCGUCCACGGUGACAUGGAUCGUGGCGAACUGGGUUCAAAAACCAGACCCCAACAUUGCCAGAACUCCGCCGGACACCCUAAGAAGGGGCCCUUAAAAGCCUUUUUGAGGAAUUACAUGUAACGACGGAUAUGUUA